UGUUGUAUAGAUGGGGACGAAGUGGACUUUAAUUUCUUUAUUUUUAUAUCAUUUAAGGAGGGAAGGGAUGGGGGGGGGUGACAUUGCUCAUUUGAAACUGCAGGUGGCGCUCCGGCUCUUCACAUGGAUCCCCAUAGUACCGAUGACGAAAAUGAGAGCGCGGCUUAGCCGGUAGCAGAUUGGUCCGUUACUCAGUAAAAGGGCGGGGCAUUCUACAUUUGAAAAUAGCAGUUGUUCAGGGAUGCACCCACGCACGCGAGCGCGCGCAAUAGAAGUCUUUUAUUAUACGGAACCCAAAUGUUCUCAUCUAAUACGUUAAUAAAAUAAUAAAUUUUGCCGGUUUCACUCAAGACCAUUUAUAGUUGGUGAACGUAGUUGUGCUGCAGAAGCGAGAUGGCACAGCGUGUUACCGUGAAUGAGGCCGCUGGGCCUAAACGGACCGCCAGGGUUCGAGUAGCGGUGCGGCUGCGGCCCUACAUGGACAAACAAGACGAGAAAGGCGAAGGGCCCUGUGUCCGAGGACUUGGACCUCAGAUCCUGGAGAUAGUCAACUGGAGGAACGCCACUGAGACUCUGCAAUAUCAGUUUGACGUGUUCCAUGGAGAUCAGACGACUCAACAGGAAGUGUUCUUGUCUUCAGUGAAGCCUGUUAUCCCCCACAUUCUUAAUGGACAAAAUGCUAGUGUCUUCGCUUAUGGACCCACUGGAGCCGGAAAGACCCACACAAUGCUGGGCAGUCAGGAGCAGCCGGGUGUGAUCCCCAGAGCUGUUCGUGAAGUUUUCCAACUGGUGCGCUAUCAAAUGAAAGACCAGGAUGAAUGGGAGUUUUCUGUAGGCAUGUCAUAUCUGGAAAUCUACAAUGAAAAGGUUUUGGACCUUUUGUCCCCUAACUCUCAGGAUCUGCCAAUCCGUGAAGACAAGGAUAAAAACAUCAUUAUUCCAGGCUUGACUCACACCCCCCUCUCAUCUUUCUCCGAUUUUCACACCCACUUUGUGCCAGCCAGUCUGAACCGCACCACAGCCUCCACCAAACUAAACCAGCGCUCCAGCCGCAGUCAUGCAAUCCUCCUCAUCAAGGUGGUGAAAUGUCAGCGUGUUCCUCCUCACCGACAGCAGACGGGGAAGUUGUAUCUUGUGGACCUUGCUGGCUCUGAGGAUAACCGACGCACAGGAAACCAGGGCAUCCGCUUGAAAGAAAGUGGUGCCAUAAACUUGUCACUCUUCACCCUCAGCAAGGUUGUGGACUGUCUAAACACGGGGGCGGGGGGGCGUGUGCCCUACAGGGACAGCAAGCUCACCCGUCUUUUACAGGACUCGCUAGGUGGUUCAGCUCAUUCAGUCAUGAUCACAAACAUUGCCCCUGAAUAUAAAUACUAUUUUGAUACAUUCACUGCCCUCAACUUUGCUGCCAAAUCCAAGCAAAUCAUCAACAAGCCAUUUGUCAGAGAGACAGUGAUGCCCCCCAUGAAUGCUGCAGGAAAGAGGUCCAGAGAGGAACAAGAUGCUAGGGGAUCUGGAGAACCCCAGAAUAAGAGGGUGAAGGAAGGCAAGAAAGUGGAGCAGCCAUCACCCACACUCGCACACCCCCAUAGCCCAGUGGAUUCGUCAGUUUUGGAUAGACUUUUGGCUCUGGAGAAACUGAUGAUGGGCACCCCAGAGAGAGAGAGACUCAAGUUGCUCAAAACAGUUGCCCAGUCCCGCAAAGAGAUACAGAGGUUGAAAGAGAAGCAAAAGGAGCUGGAGGAGAAGGCAGAGAUGUUGAACAAACUAACAGGAGGCCAGAGUGGACUGAAUGAUGAAAGGGAUGACUCAGCAAGCAGCAUAUCUCUCUUCAAAACAGAUCUGCCCCCCCUCCAGAGGAAACAGUCCGUUUCAGCAAGACCCAAGAAACAACAGGCAAUUGUCACCCCAUUACAGGUGUCCCAGGUGCAGCCCCUGCAGGAUUGUGCUGUAGUCUGUAAGGCAUCCCAAACUAUUGGCAAGAAGAAAAAACACAUCAAGGCAAAGAUCUCUGAAGGUAAGGAGAACAGUAGUCUGGAAGCAGCCUGUGAGGAAGAGGCAAACUGGGAGUCAAGGUUAGACUUGUCAUUAUUAGACCAGUCCAAGAAAAAGAUUCUCCAGACACUCAACUCAGGCUCGCACAAAGAGCUGAAGAGUCUGCAACUCAUUGGUGACAAGAAGGCCAAACUUAUCCUGGGCUGGAGAGAAAUCAAUGGAGAUUUCACACAGGUGGAAGAUUUAAAGAAAAUUGAAGGCAUUACAGAAAAACGCUUUUCAUCUUUUAUUAAGGCCAACAUUCUAAGUGCGAUGGGGAAGUGAUAGUGUGUGUGUGUGUGUGUGUGUGUCUGUGAGUGAGAUGCCAUGUGUGAAGUUUUUUUUGGGUUGUUUUAUCUUAAAUUUUUGUACAUAUUUUUUUUUCUUUUUUUAAACAUUUUUAAAUUCCUGAUGUUGCAUUUAGGGCUUGUAUUUAACUGUCACUGUAUGUUUAUGGUAUGAUUUUAAUCCAGUGAUAAACAUGCUGCUUAAUAAAAGCUGCUGCAGAGCCACACUGCAUUUGUCAGUUUAAUUUUUGCCUGAUCGUCUCAGUUUUAUUAAGAUGACAUUUGUCCGGACUUGUUUAAUCCAUGAACAGCUGAACAUUGCAAUUUCCUGUUUAGCUGAAUCUCAUGGCCUGAAAAUAAAGAUACUGUGACUUGUCUUCCAGCAAUCUCAAAGUAGCACAUAGGUUAUGUUCUAUUAUAAUUAGGCAAAGCAUGGCAAAAAGGUAAUACAAGUAAUAAUCAUAAAGAAAAUAUACUUUUGCCUCUGUAUUAUAACUUGGCACUGGGUAUUACAUAUUUUUGAUGCACUUGUACUUUUACACCCUGCUUUGCAGUGACCUGUCUCUACUUUUCAGUAAGCAAUUGCAUUGUUCGAAGUCAUGCCUAGCAGUUUGGGGCACUAGUGUUUCAACAGUUAAGGCACUGGUUUACUGAUCAGAAGAUUGGGAGUUCAAGCCCAGCACAGUCAAGCUGCCACUGCUGUGGCCCUGAGCAGGGCCCCCAAAGUCCCUGUGAAGUGCCUUGAAACAUAUAACAUGAAACAUUCAAUGUGUUGAUUGUAAUUUCCAGUGAAACAGGAAGUCGGGGUGGGACAUAGCUGCCCCCUUUUUAAAUAGCCAAUAGCAUUUUGCUUACCUACCAGCAAGCAAAUUUACAAAUGUUGGGGGGUGGGGGACUUCAG